AUGUCAGCGGGUUGCCCGGACAACCAUCUGUCAGUUUCAAUCAUUAUGCCGGCUAUGUCACUGUUAACCAACAUAAUGGCAGAGCCCUCUUUUAUUGCCAUCAACAAACCACAAAACAAACCUCUCGUCCUUUGGCUCAACGGAGGUCCUGGAUGCUCAUCAAUAGGCUUUGGGCAAUCACUAGAGCUGGGACCUUUCUUUCCUCAGAAAGGGACGAAGCCAGAGCUCAAGUUCAACAACCAUACAUGGAACAAAGCGGCCAAUUUACUGUUUUUGGAAUCUCCCGUUGGCGUUGGAUUCUCAUAUACAAACACAACUAGUGAUCUCAGUCACCUUGGUGACAACAUGACAGCUUCCGAUUCCUACAACUUUUUGGUGAGUUGGUUCCAAAGGUUCCCACAAUAUAAAUCUCACGACUUCUACAUUGCUGGGGAAAGUUACGGAGGCCAUUAUGUCCCUCAGCUUGCGAACCUUGUUGUUGAGAAAAACAAAAUUGCACUUAAAGACCACUUGAUUAACAUCAAAGGAAUUUUGAUAGGGAAUGCAGAGCUGGAUGAUGAAACAGACCAAAAAGGAAUGAUAGAGUAUGCGUGGGACCAUGCGGUUAUAUCGGACAGUUAUGGAAGAAGGAGGCCGUUAUCUGGGUACGACCCUUGUGCCUAUUCGUAUACUGAUGUUUAUUUUAACCGAGCGGAUGUCCAACGUGCUCUUCAUGCUAAUGUCACUGGACUUCGUUAUCCCUGGACAAGUUGCAGCGAUGCCAUUGAGAAGUGGAAAGACGCUCCUUUCUCCAUACUCCCUAUCCUGAGACAACUUAUUGCUGCGGGGCUACGCAUUUGGGUUUACAGCGGAGAUACAGAUGGUAGAGUGCCAGUUACAGCGACGAGGUACAGUUUAAGAAAGUUGGGUUUGCGGGUGAAACAUGAUUGGACUGCAUGGUAUACUAACAACCAACAGGUGGGUGGAUGGACAGUUGAGUAUGAUGGUUUAACGUUUGUGAGUGUAAGGGGAGCUGGGCAUCAAGUUCCUACUUUCAAGCCAAGAGAAGCCCUUCAGCUCUUCCAACAUUUUCUCAACAACCAAACCCUUCCCUCUAAACCCUUUUGAGUACCAUAUCAUCUAUAUAUCUAUCUCCAUAAAGAAAGAAAGAAAGAAAGAAAGAAAGAAAGAAGGUUGUAAGAACCAACUUUGAUCCAUUAUUGUUUCUCAAACAUUUAUAAAAUUAUUAUGUACUUUUUUAUUAUCCAGUCACGAUUAAUUUGGCUGUUGCAAGUUUGAUUUUGUUGAUCUUAUGAUCUAUGUAAUGAAAAUUGC